GUGUCUGCCUAGGCGGGCGGAGCCUCUCUGACAGGGCGGGGGAUGCGCGGCGGCUGCUUGCCCGGACCCUGAGGCAGCCGGGCCCACUCUCCUGGAACCGUCCAACCCUCUCGGUGUCCUCGGCUUCUGCUGUCUCCUCUAGCCUGACCCUGGGGCCGAGAGUGGGAGGUGGCUUUCGUUGAAGAGGAGGGGGCUUGUGGUGGCCACAGCGGCGGAGCCCGAGUUUUUUUGCCAAGAAAAUGUUUUGCACAAUUUUGAACACAUAUUAUCCAUGCUGAUGGGACAAGAUCCAAUAUGAAUAUAAAUGAUGGAGGAAGACGACGUUUUGAGGAAAAUGAACACACAUUACACAUAUAUCCUGGGGCAAUUUCAGAAGGGACAAUCUACUGUCCAAUUCCUGCCAGAAAAAACUCCACAGCUGCUGAGGUAAUUGACACUCUUAUAAAUAGACUUCAUCUUGACAAAACAAAAUGUUAUGUUCUAGCAGAAGUGAAGGAAUUUGGUGGAGAAGAAUGGAUACUCAAUCCAACAGACUGUCCAGUUCAGCGAAUGAUGUUGUGGCCCCGACUGGCUCUGGAAAAUCGUUUGAGUGGAGAGGACUACCGCUUUCUUCUGAGAGAAAAAAAUCUUGAUGGAUCAAUACAUUAUGGUAGUCUUCAGUCAUGGCUACGAGUGACAGAAGAACGUCGCAGGAUGAUGGAACGGGGUUUUCUUCCACAGCCACAACAGAAAGACUUUGAUGAUUUAUGUAGCUUACCUGAUUUGAAUGAGAAAACUCUCUUAGAAAACUUGCGAAAUCGCUUUAAACAUGAAAAAAUUUAUACCUAUGUUGGCAGUAUUCUGAUAGUUAUUAACCCAUUCAAGUUUCUUCCUAUUUAUAACCCUAAGUAUGUCAAAAUGUAUGAUAACCACCAGUUGGGAAAACUUGAGCCACAUAUUUAUGCUGUGGCAGAUGUAGCUUAUCAUGCCAUGCUUCAGCACAAAAAGAAUCAGUGCAUUGUGAUUUCUGGAGAGAGUGGUUCUGGGAAGACUCAAAGCACAAACUUCCUUAUUCACCACCUUACUGCUCUAAGUCAGAAAGGAUUUGCCAGUGGAGUAGAACAGAUUAUUCUUGGAGCUGGACCAGUACUUGAGGCCUUUGGAAAUGCAAAGACAGCUCAUAAUAAUAAUUCAAGUCGUUUUGGCAAGUUUAUUCAAGUAAAUUACCAGGAAACAGGCACUGUUCUUGGUGCCUAUGUUGAAAAAUAUCUGCUGGAGAAGUCCAGACUCGUUUAUCAAGAGCACAAUGAACGGAACUAUCAUGUAUUCUAUUACCUUCUCGCAGGAGCAAGUGAAGAAGAGAAAUUAGCAUUCCAUCUUAAACAACCGGAGGAAUAUCAUUAUCUUAAUCAGAUAACAAAGAAACCCCACAGACAGAGCUGGGAUGAUUACUGCUAUGACUCUGAGCCGGAUUGCUUCAAGGUAGAGGGGGAAGAUUUGAGGCAUGACUUUGAACGCUUACAGCUGGCCAUGGAAAUGGUAGGAUUUCUUCCUAAAACACGAAGACAGAUUUUCUCCCUUCUCUCAGCGAUACUACAUUUGGGUAAUAUUUGUUAUAAAAAGAAGACAUACCGUGAUGACUCCAUAGAUAUCUGUAAUCCUGAAGUUCUGCCUAUUGUUUCAGAAUUAUUAGAAGUUAAAGAAGAGAUGCUGUUUGAAGCAUUAGUUACCAGGAAGACUGUGACAGUGGGAGAAAAGCUUAUUUUACCAUACAAGCUGCCAGAGGCUGUGACAGUCAGAAACUCCAUGGCUAAGUCUCUAUAUAGUGCCCUGUUUGACUGGAUAGUUUUUCGAAUUAAUCAUGCACUUUUGAACAGUAAAGAUUUGGAACAAAAUACCAAGACUUUUUCCAUUGGUGUUCUUGAUAUUUUUGGAUUUGAAGAUUAUGAAAAUAACAGCUUUGAACAGUUCUGUAUUAAUUUUGCUAAUGAACGUUUACAACACUACUUUAAUCAGCAUAUCUUUAAAUUGGAGCAAGAAGAAUAUAGAGCUGAAGGCAUCAGUUGGCACAAUAUAGAGUAUAUUGAUAAUACCUCUUGUAUAAAUCUUAUUAGCAAGAAACCAACAGGACUACUCCAUCUUUUGGAUGAGGAAAGCAACUUUCCACAAGCUACAAAUCAAACAUUACUAGACAAGUUUAAACGUCAACAUGAAGAGAAUUCUUACAUUGAAUUUCCAGCAGUGAUGGAGCCUGCUUUCAUCAUAAAGCAUUAUGCUGGAAAAGUAAAAUAUGGAGUAAAGGAUUUCCGGGAAAAAAAUACAGAUCAUAUGCGCCCAGACAUUGUAGCUCUUCUGAGAAGUAGCAAAAAUGCAUUUAUCUCUGGGAUGAUUGGAAUUGAUCCUGUAGCUGUUUUCCGAUGGGCAGUUCUUCGAGCUUUUUUCAGAGCAAUGGUUACUUUCAGGGAAGCUGGGAAAAGACACAUUCAGAGAAAAACUGGACAUGAUGAUACAGCGACAUGUACAAUUUUGAAAAGUAUGGAUAGUUUUAGCUUUCUCCAACACCCAGUCCACCAGAGGAGCUUAGAGAUUCUGCAGAGGUGCAAGGAAGAGAAGUACAGUAUAACCCGGAAAAAUCCCAGAACACCUCUUUCUGAUCUCCAAGGCAUGAAUACACUAAAUGAAAAAUACCAGCAUGAUACCUUUGAUAUUGCCUGGAAUGGGAGAACUGGAUUCCGGCAGAGCAGACUAUCAAGUAGUAACUCCUUGCUUGAUAAAGGUGGUAUCUUUGUUAAUUCAGUUAGCAGCAAACUCCUGGAGAGAGCUCAUGGAAUUCUCACGAGAAACAAAAACUUGAAAUCCAAGUCUGCCCUUCCAAAGCACUUGCUAGAGGUUAAUUCUUUAAAGCACCUUACCAGACUGACCCUACAAGAUCGCAUUACCAAGUCUCUUCUUCACUUGCACAAGAAGAAGAAACCUCCCAGCAUCAGUGCCCAGUUUCAGACAUCAUUAAGCAAGCUGAUGGAGACACUUGGUCAAGCAGAGCCGUAUUUUGUAAAAUGCAUUCGCUCUAAUGCUGAAAAGCUGCCCUUAAGGUUCAAUGAUGCCUUGGUACUUAGACAGCUUCGGUACACUGGGAUGCUGGAGACAGUUCGAAUUCGCCAAUCGGGAUACAGCUGCAAAUAUUUUUUCCAGGAUUUUGUGAGCCACUUCCACGUACUUCUUCCCCGAAAUAUAAUUCCGUCCAAAUGUAAUAUUCAGGAUUUCAUCAGGAAAAUAGAUCUUAAUCCAGAUAAUUAUCAAGUUGGAAAAACCAUGGUCUUCUUAAAGGAACAGGAACGACAACAUUUACAAGAUUUGCUUCACCAAGAGGUGCUCCGCAGAAUCAUACUGUUGCAGCAAUGGUUCAGGGUCUUGCUGUGUAGGCAGCAUUUCCUCCAUCUGAGACAGGCAUCCAUUAUUAUCCAGCGAUUCUGGAAGAAUUACCUGAAUCAGAAGCAAGUCAGAGAUGCAGCUGUGCAGGAGAAUGCUUUUGUUAUGGCUAGUGCAGCUGCUCUUCUCCAAGCUUCUUGGCGUGCUCACUUGGAGAGGCAACGGUACUUGGAGCUGCGUGCUGCAGCCAUUAUUAUCCAGCAGAGAUGGAGGGAACACUUUAGGCGUAGACACAUGGCUGCUAUCUGCAUACAGGCAAGAUGGAAGAGCUACAGGGAAAGUAAGCAGUACCAAGAACAACGGAACAAAAUUAUCCUUUUGCAAGCAGUAUAUAGAGGAUUCAGAGCAAGGCAAAGAUUUAAAGCUUUGAAAGAACAAAGAUUAAAAAAAACAAAAAUAGAGCUUGGAUUGGUGAAUAACAAGGCAUAUGGAACUCUGGAGAUUCAGGGUUCAGAUCCUUCAGAAUGGGAAGAUUGUUCCUUUGACAACAGAGUGAAAGCCAUAGAAGAAUGUAAAUUUGUGAUAGAGAGUAAUCGUCUUAGCCAUGAAAGUUCAGUGGACUACUCCAAGGAGUCCCCAGACAAGAGGAAAGAGAGAGCUAGAAGUCAAAGUGGUAUAGAAGAUGUAGUUAUAAGAGAGAGACGCAAGUCCUCAGAGGAUCCCCACCAGAAAAAAGUAGGCCGGGCCAAAAGAGAAAGUCGGAGAAUGAGAGAACUGGAGCAAGCUAUAUUUAGCUUAGAAUUGUUGAAAGUCCGUUCUCUUGGUGGUGUAUCUCCUUCAGAGGAACGUAGAUGGUCUACAGAAUUGAUGCCUGAGGGCCUUCAGUCCCUACAGGGUACACCUGAUAGUGAAAGUUCUCAAGGAAGUUUGGAACUUCUGAGCUGUGAGGAAAGCCAAAAGAGCAAACUAGAGUCCAUAACUUUAGGUGAAGGAGACUUGCAGUUUCCAUCACCUAAAAUAUCUAGCAGUCCAAAAUUUAAUUUGCAGGACAAUGUCCUCAGUGCCUCAAGUGAGACUAGCUAUGCACUGAUUCAAAAAAGGGCACCCCCUGACUCAGACCAUUUGAAGAAUGGGUCUAUGAAGGAACAGUUAGUUUGCAGUUCCGAAUCUAUUACCUGUAAGCCACAGCUGAGAGACUCCUUUAUUUCAAGUAGUCUGCCUACAUUUUUUUAUAUCCCCCAACAAGACCCACUGAACACAAGUUCCCAGCUAGACACAAGAAUACAGAGAAAUAAACUGCAUGAAAGUGAAGAAACACUGGGGACAGCUCUUAACAGGGAAGCCAGAAAGUAUCACUUCUCAGGAGAAGAUCAAGUUGUGGCUUCUUUGGAUACAGAUUCUUUGAAUACUAUGAUUAAGAAGUUGGAAAAGCUAAACACUGAGAAGGAAGCAAGACAAAAGCAGUGGCAGCAGCAAAAGGAAAAAGAGUUGAUGGAACAGAUUCGUCAGCAAACAGACAUUUUAGAGAAGGAGCUUAAAGCCUUCAAGACAGUUGAAAAGCCAAGAGUUGGGGGGUCUGUCAUAGUACCAUCUUUCCUUCAAUCAAAGCAAACAUUAGAGAGGCCAACUUCUCUUCUCAUCCUGAAUGCCCCAAAUAAGGGAGAACCCAGUGUACCAGUGUCUGCAUCAGUAACUGUAAAAGAUGGAGCUCUUGCCCCAAAAGAUAGUCCAUCUGUUCACUUACCCCUGAAUGACAGACCUGUCACCGUUUUCUUUGAAAGAAAAGAUGGUCCAUGCCAGUCUAGUGCUGUCAAGGAAUCAGCCAAGACAGGGAAAAUGGGCACCCAACUGAAUGUAGCUUGUAAACUCUCUAAUAAUCAUGUUCAAAAGAGAACACCUUGAGGCCAACUCAGUCUUAUAGCACCCAAAUCUGAUGACCUUUCCAGAGAGAAAACUACUAGGGCCAUUUUUUUCACGCCAAAGGACAAUAUGAGUAUUCCUCUAGUCAACAAGGAAUCCUUAAAUAGUGGAAAUCCUCAACUCCAUAAACAAGAUGAGCCAGCUUUGAAACCUGUGAAAUUAGCUGGGCUGGGCCAAGGAGAGACAUCACAGCGAUUUUCUUCAAUUGAUGAACAAGCAAAGCUUCAUAAGACUAUGUCUCAAGGAGAGAUUACAAAGUUGGCAGUGAGACAGAAGGCUUCAGAUUCAGAUAUAAGACCACAAAGAGCUAAGAUGAGAUUCUGGGGCAAAGGGAAACAAGGGGAAAAGAAGACUACCGGAGUGAAACCUGCCACCCAGUCAGAAGUUUCAUCUCUUUUUCCUGGCUCAGAUGUUCUUUCAGCUCAUCAGUUUCCAGAUGAAUUAGUCCAGUAUCACCCAACACCUCCUUUGAGCCCAGAACUGCCUGGUAGUUGCCGGAAGGAGUUCAAAGAGAACAAAGAACCUUCUCCAAAGGCAAAACGCAGGAGAAAUGUGAAGAUCAGCAAUGUGGCUUUGGAGUCUGUGCAUUGGCAAAAUGACUCUGUCCAGAUUAUAGCAAGUGCCAGCGACUUGAAAAGCAUGGAUGAGUUUCUUCUGAAAAAGAUGAAUGACCUAGAUAAUGAGGACAGCAAGAAAGAUACACUUGUGGAUGUUGUAUUUAAAAAAGCUCUGAAAGAAUUUCGGCAGAAUAUCUUCAGCUUUUAUUCAUCUGCAUUGGCAAUGGAUGAUGGAAAAAGCAUACGGUAUAAAGACCUCUAUGCACUAUUUGAACAGAUUCUUGAAAAGACCAUGAGGCUUGAGCAGCGUGAUUGGAGUGAGUCUCCAGUCAGAGUUUGGGUCAACACUUUUAAAGUGUUUUUAGAUGAAUAUAUGAAUGAAUUCAAGACUUCAGAUUGCAUGGCCACAAAGAUGCCAAAAACAGAAAGAAAGAAAAGAAGGAAAAAAGAAACUGAUUUGGUGGAGGAGCACAAGGGUCACAUCUUUAAGGCCACCCAGUAUAGCAUCCCUACAUACUGUGAAUAUUGUUCUUCUUUGAUAUGGAUAAUGGACCGAGCCUCUGUUUGCAAAUUAUGCAAGUAUGCUUGCCAUAAGAAGUGCUGUCUGAAAACCACAACCAAGUGCUCUAAAAAGUAUGAUCCAGAGCUAUCACCUCGACAAUUUGGGGUUGAACUAUCCCGUUUGACAAGUGAGGACCGAACUGUUCCUUUAGUGGUGGAAAAACUCAUAAACUACAUUGAAAUGCAUGGACUGUAUACAGAAGGUAUUUACCGAAAGUCUGGUUCAACUAAUAAAAUCAAGGAACUUCGACAAGGUCUAGAUACAGAUACUGAGAGUGUAAACCUAGAUGACUAUAACAUACAUGUCAUUGCAAGUGUGUUCAAACAGUGGCUUCGUGAUUUGCCCAAUCCACUCAUGACCUUUGAACUCUAUGAGGAGUUUCUUCGAGCUAUGGGCCUUCCAGAGAAGAAGGAGACAAUCCGUGGAGUGUAUUCUGUGAUUGACCAGCUCUCCCGAACUCAUCUGAAUACACUGGAACGCCUCAUCUUCCAUCUGGUCAGGAUUGCUCUACAGGAAGACACUAAUCGAAUGUCUGCUAAUGCUUUGGCCAUUGUGUUUGCACCCUGCAUUCUUCGUUGCCCUGACACCACUGACCCACUACAAAGUGUUCAGGACAUCAGUAAGACUACCACCUGUGUGGAGCUGAUUGUUGUGGAACAGAUGAAUAAAUACAAGGCUCGUAUCAAAGACAUCAGUAGCCUAGAAUUUGCUGAGAAUAAGGCAAAGACCAGACUGUCACUGAUUCGUAGAUCAAUGGGAAAGGGGCAUAGUCGUCGAGGAAACUAUCCAAGUCCAUCCUCUCCUGUAGUAGUUCAGUUGCCCUCCAUGUCUGAUGUCCCAGAAGAGACCUUGACUAGUGAGGCAGCCAUGGAGACUGACAUCACAGAACAGCAGCAAGCAGCUAUGCAGCAGGAGGAGAGAGUACUGACUGAGCAGAUUGAGAACCUACAAAAAGAAAAGGAGGAGCUAACAUUUGAGAUGCUUGUACUGGAACCUCGUGCCUCUGAUGAUGAAACCCUUGAAUCUGAGGCCUCCAUUGGUACUGCCGAUAGCUCUGAAAAUUUGAAUAUUGAGCCUGAAGGUGCUGUCUCCGAGAAAUCAGAGAGAAGCUUAGCCUUUAGUUCCCUGAAGGCGGAUGGCAAGUCUGAACCUUCAAGCAAGUUGCGAAAGCAGCUAAAAAAGCAGCAUGACUCUUUGGAUUCAGUGGACUCUCCAGUCUCUUCUUUUUGUCUGCCUAACACCACAUCUUCUCAUGGAACCAGAAAACGAUUUCAAAUUUAUUCCAAAUCUCCAUUCUACCGAGCUGCCUCAGUUAGUGAGGCCCUGGGAACAGAAGGGCCAUUGGGUCAGACCAGAUUCCUAGAAGACAGACCUCAGUUCAUCAGCAGAGGAACAUUCAACCCUGAAAAGGGCAAACAAAAAUUAAAGAAUGUGAAAAACUCACCCCAGAAAACCAAAGAGAACCCAGAGGGAACAGAAUUGUCUGGCCAUAGGAAAACUGUGGACCCAGACUGCAGCUCCACCCAACAGCUAGCUCUCCUUGGAAGUAAUGAGUUUAUGGUCUGAACUGGCAGAUGUGUGUCCCUACAUGUCCACAGAGUGGUAAACACAUCUUUGGGGCCUUUUCUCAUCACCUUGUCCAUAGUCUUCCAUCCUAAUUGUGGUCCUGUCUCUUGCCCAAGCAUAUAACUAAAACUUUGUGUUCUGAAUUCCUGGACCUCCUGCAGAAGUAGAAGGGCCUCUUUGAAGCCUCCUGGGGAUGGUGCCAGCUGUGCCUUGGCUGCUCUAUUUGAAUUGAGAUUUCACUAAACAGAGUCAUCUUGGGUUUGGGGAUUUUGGUCAGUUGUGGAGGUCUUUAUAGUUGCCUCCUCUUCCCUUCCCUCUUUCCCCUUCCCAGAGUGGAGGGUUGACUGGGGAGGAUCUUGUGGACUUAAAGGACCCACUGAUUUCUGACAUUUGAAGAAAACAUAUAAAUCUUUCUUAACCAUGAAACUAAACACCUUUGGGUUCAUUUGAGGAUAGUUAGGAGCUGGAGUAGAAUAUAAUUUUUUUCCUAGUAUUUAUAACAAAAAGUCUGAGCCCUCUGUUUUAAACAUUUUGAAAAACACACCAUGUUAUAUUCUGGGGAAAGUAAAAAAGCAGUUGUUUCCAUUAAGCCAUCAGAGCAUGUCUCAGACUUUUGGCUAUACAAUGAAGAAGAGAACACAUAUUUUGUUUUUUUAUGUCAUUGAUCAAUGCUGGUUUAACUCCUGGUUAGUUCCUACCAAAUAUACUGCAUGGGCCGAAGUUUCAGUAGCCUUCCUAUUCUCAUGUUCUCUGGUCCUAAGAUUGGGUUCCUCUCAUUUUUUAUUUUAUUUUUUUUAAUGUCCUGAAGACAUGGUGAUCCCUAAACAUGAGGUUAACAUCCUAAUCCAUUCGGGCUUUUUUUCUUAGUAUACAUUGAACUGAAGAGCACAUAUGAGCCUUUUUACCUGCUGGUGGGUCUCACCCUGAACUCAGACAGAUAAUGUAACCAUUUAAUCACUUCUCCCAAAAUAGUCAUACACAAUAUUGCAUGCAUAAGUAUUAUAGAAAGCUGCCAAAAAAAAAUAAAUAAAUAAAUAAGUUUUUAAUAUGACCCAUCUAACUUUUCUUUUCCUCAGACUAUCAGUAUUAAAUAGAUGAAAAAAAAAAUCAAGGACUACUUGAAGCUAUUUUUGUUAAUAUUCUAGUUACUGAAGUUUAUUGUAAAUAUGUAUGUAUAGUAUGCAUAUUUCUUUUUAACUUUUUGCUUCCCUCCUUCCCAUGGAAUUUCUUCCCAAAGAUUGCGGGGACAGAUUGGAUUGGGGGGAAGAGGGAUGAAUGCCACUCAUCCCUGUGUUGAGGGAUAAGUAUUUUUCACCACUGGGUGUCUCCAUACACCUGAGUUACAGCAUUUUAAGCAGCUUAACAUUUGUGGGAUUAGACAUUUGUUUUUGCUAUUUAUAAUGUAUGAAAAAUGAAACAUGAUAUGCUUUCUUGAGAUAAGUAUGUGAAAAAUGUUUAUUUUUAAAGUUACUAAAUGCGUUUUGUCUACCAUAUGCACUGUUCUGAAAAAGAGCCUUUACCAUCUGUAAUCUGAAUUUUGGUUAUUCUUCCAUUUCAUACCUCUUUGAUUUGAAGUUAUUAAAUGUUAAGCCUUUCAUUAAGGCAGAGUCCCCUGUUAACACAACACUGAACCUCAUCCCACUGUCUCAGAGGUUGUUGUCAGCCCCAGGGUUCAGACAUGGAACAUCAUUCUGUGUAGCAGCUACAGGUAGCAGGAGUCUUACCUCUGCUCAGGCUUGGUUCAGAAUUGAACCAGGGAAAGGAAGCUUUUAAAAAUAUCCAGAAUGAUGAUGGUUAGUGAGUUGAAACUAGGUUUUUAUAUCCCACAAACAUCUGCCACUUUGUCCAUGCUGUCCUGAGGAGUAAUGUUAAGAUUUUAAAGAUCUGAAUUUCUUUCUGAGAAUCUCCUAAAAGAAAACCCUUCAAUGUGGCUGCGUUAAGGUGGGAUUGCAGGCGUCUCUGGCCAGUACCAGGCUGCAUAGUCUUGAGUUUCAGUAUUCCUGGUAGAGUAGUGUUCUGCUGGGCAUAACUACUGCUCUCCACUUGCUCCAGCUCAUCGGUUAAAGUCUUUACAAAAAAAAGAGAUUACCCUUGUUGAAUGAUUUUCUUUGGCCCAGAGAAAUGACCUGGGAAACACAUUUUGUAAUAUGUUCUCCCUUCUAAAUCGUGGUGGAUUCUUUGGGCCAGAUGAGUUUGUUGGCGGUUUAAAAAAUGACUCAAUAAUAAUAGGUCACUUUAUAGGAAGUAGGUAAUGGAUGUUAAGAGACUUUAUAAUUUAUCUCAGGGACCUGAAACCUGAAUUUGGUUAAAAUUAAAUAAAAAAUAUUUGUUUUCUGAUUACUAGAUUUGUGGAUCAUUUAAUAAGCUGCCAGAAUUGGGGAUUGUGGGGAGGGCAGUGUGAAGGAGAGAUCUGUGCAAUCGUAAGAAUGGAGAGUAAAUGUGGGACCCUCCUGAAGGAGAGAAAGCUGUUCUCAUGGGUAACCGGCAUUUUUGCCUGAUGAAGAGGUGAAGCCAUAGCCUUUAAAAAAAUGUCAGAACCAAGUGCUGUAUCUGUUUCCAACUGUUCUUAACUGGUUCUCUCCAUGUAAUCACUUAAUGAUUAAGAUAUUUAACCUUAAUAUGUGUCUUCCUGUUGGUUGGUUCUCCUUUGCUGGUUUGUUUCUUUGCUCUCUAAAGUCCCAAAGGAAAUCCCUGCAUGGCAGCAAAGUGGCAGCCCCACUCUAGGCAAGGUCCCAAAUACACAGCAUUCUAUUCACAUCAUACAUUUCCAGCCCCAAAGAAAGCCUGGAUUUUCAAAUUUGCCCAUUGAAACCAAAUUAUUCCUUUAAUUGCAAAAGAAUCAUGAAAAACACAACGAAAGCAAAGAAGUGUAACUUUAGUGUCAUAUUCUGAAUCACAAAGUGAAUUGGUAUUCUAACAGCAAAUACAGCCAGGAUUUGGGAAGGUGACAUGCUUAUUUUGAAAUGUACUUUGUACUUCCUGCCAUUUUAAUUAUUCUGCCACUUUGGGCUUCAGAAAACACAAAGGGAGAUACAGCCUUCUCGAUACAAGCCUUGCAGGGACAGAGGAACCUGAGGUCAGAUGAUGGGAUGCUGGCUUGGAUGGGAUGGAAUACUAGCUCCCCACCCUGCCACAGCUUUUAUCCUGCUGGGAGGUUAGUGAAGAUUUCUCUCCUUAUACCAUCAGAAUAAAAGUUGUUUUCACUAUCAAAAGUUAUGGAAGAAUAUGCUGAAAGGUUCUACAGCCCCAUUUUACUGCUUGUAAGCUUUUUUUUUUUCCUUUUAAAACUGUAACUAAUGAAUGUGUUCCUUUCAUAAACACUUUGGUGAACUAAAAGGAAGAAAGUUUUCUCAGGAUGUGUUCAAAGCUGGAAGAGUUUUAAUCAUGUAAAGAAGCAAUGUCUAGACUGCCUUCCUCCUCAUCAUAAUCCUCCUUUUUUUCUUUUUUUCUAUCACAAGCAUGCAUCAUUCUGUGUUGACAAAUGUCUUAUGUCUAUCCAUGAUUUUGUGACACCUCCCUAGCACUGUCCCCCCCAAACCAUGCUGGAGUCAGUAGAAAAACUCCUUGGUAUUUGUGGGAAUCGCCUGUCUUUUCCAUGCCCCUAGAGUACUUUUAACCACUUUUCAUCUGGAACCACUUCCACGUUUGAUUUGGUAUUCCAGGGUAACCACAAAAUGAGGAUUGGGGAGAUGGAUCUAUUUAGGUCUUAUUGGUCUCUUGGUUGAUGGAUUUGAAAAGAGCCCCACCAAGGGGUUUUAUCACUUUGCUAUCCAUCCAUACUUAGUGCCUAUUUAUCAGCCCUCUUAGUUCAUAUAAUGGUUGCACCCUUUGAACCAAGUAAUUGUAUUUUCUGUGGGAAAGAUGUGGGCUACAGAUUAGUAUUAUAUUAUUUUAAUGGAUUCAAAGUAAUUUAUAAGUAUGCUGAGUGUAAAUUUUUUAAAGAGUAUGUAUUGUAAAAGGAUUUAUCCUGUGAAAUAUCAUUUUGCUGUUUAAUAGAAUAAUUCUAUGAGAAGAAUGAUUUAUCUCACCCACAGAACUAAUUACAUUCCUGAUGCAAUUAACAGGCACUUUGUAAUUUCCUUUUUGUUUUUUGGGUUUUUCUUUUGGGGUGGGUAAUGGGGGAGUGGGAGCAAGACAUCAUUUGUAUAAAGUGCUGUUUGUGUCAUUCAAAAUAUGCACUGUAUGGCUACACAAAAACAGCUUGAUGAUAAAUCACCCCAUGGCUCAUUAAAGAACAAAGCUUCCAGAAGCA